AGACACCACAGCAGAGGAUAAGAGCAGCUGCUUUCUGACACGUCCUAAAUGAAGUAGUAGUAAUGAGUGUUUACUGCUCUGAUACACAGACGUACAUGUUCAUCUUCUCCAAUGUGAUCCAACGUUCAUCUUCCUCAGCAGCUCUUUUAGGAAAGUGUAAAUCUGGUCCCAGCGAGUUCUCUCUACCUCUGACAUCAUCCCUCCAACAUGAGCAUCAACAGGGAGGGACACAGACCUGAGGGGGGCCACAGCCAUGGAGCCAAACUGGCCCCCAACGUCAAACCCAAACUGGAGCAGAGGAGCAGUAAGGACGAGCAGUGGAAGAGAGAGAGAGCUACAAGAGUGAGACGAUCCAGGAGUAACGACUCACAGAGGGGGGAAAGAGGGAGGAGGAGAGAGAGAGACAGGUACCAUGGAGCGUGGCGACAACGAGGGAGGAGCGAGGAGCCCCGCAAACGAGACAGGAGAGAGGGGGACAGCGACCGGAGCAGAGCGAAGCGUCCUGAGGACGACGUGGAGGACACCGAGUGUGCCAUCUGCUUCUGCUCUUACGAUAACGUCUUCAAGACGCCAAAGCUGCUGGUGUGUGGCCACACCUUCUGCCUGGAGUGUCUCGCUCGCAUCAACGUGACCGCGCCCGAGCUCAAGACCCUGUCCUGCCCCGUGUGCCGUGAGCUGACUGAGCUCCCACACGGCCAGGACCUGCCCCGCCUGGGCAACAACGAGGACAUCAUCGGCAAACUCCCGGCAGACAUGCACAGGGCGCUGUCCAUCCGCUUUAAACGCAGCAAGGGCAAACUGCUCCUGAAACACCCGCCUCCCGUCAGCCCGACCAAGACCAACAUCCUCAGCCUGCCCGUCAAGACUCACGACGACCAGGCCGCCGCCGCCGCCGCCGCUGAGGCCGCCGCCCAGGCUGCAGGAGAGCACAGGAGCCUGCCCGCCACUGUGGUGGACGUGGGCCGGCCUCCGAACAGGGUCAGAGGUCGCCUGCGCAGGCUGUUCCGCUCAGACCGCUGUUACUAUGCUGUGGUGGUGGCCAUCAUCACCGUCACUGUGGCGCUCAUGCUGGUCGGCAUCCUGGCGUUUGUCAUCGUACCAAACAUCACCAUUCACCGCCUGCCGGGUCACGCAGAGAACCACACCUCACAGAGCCCCCAGACUCCGCCCUGAAGAGGAGAGACUCCGCCCCGAAGAGGUGAAGAGCGAAGUGAAGGGAGAAACUCUAGCACUGGACAUGUUUGAUGAUGGUGACGAGGAGAAAUGAAGGAAAACGAGAACAGGAACCUGUUCUUCACACAGAAGUUACACAUGAAAGAAGAAACAGGACAAACCCACUUUUCUUUAUUUACCGUCGUGUUCUUCUGUGAAAACGUCUGUUCUGACUGUGAAUACAUGAUGAAGAAGAUGAAGAAGAAGAAGAAGAAGCUGUAAAUGUUCAAAUGCACUAAGUCCUUGUUAUCUUGUGAUCGCACCAAGCACAGCCAUAGAAGCUCGAGGCGUCAUGUUUAUGUUUAUUCACCUGCUCAUUGUACAUAAUCAUACAUGAUUUAUAUAUUUGUAUUUUAUUGUUUUCUCUCUGUGUAAGAAUUCACCUGAAAUAAGAUCGUACCCUCAAAUGUUCAGUAUUUUUAAAACACAUAUCAGCUGUUUGUGAGGUUUUAAAACCUGUUAUUUGGAAAUAUUAUGUAUUCUUUUAACGAAAUAAAAGACGGCACAGAGUCUUCUUACACUGACUCUGUGAGAAACCUGUUUGUCA